UGGAAGGAAGCUAAACUCAACAGCACUGACAUUUGAGGAAGGAGGCUGCUGCUGGCUGGAGAGGAGCUACGCAAAAAAAAAAAAACAAGGCUCGGAUUGCUCUGCGAACCCAAAAACACCAGGGUGAAGUGAUGACGGCCUGUCGGAUCCACUAACAGACUAACAUCUGACCAGAGAACCCAACCAGCAACAAACCCAACAGACAGUGCACUGCUUCAUUGCCAUGGAGGCUCGAGGACUGUAUGACUUCAACGGCACGGCGGAGGACGAGCUGAGCUUUCGGAAAGGAGACACACUGAAGAUCCUGGGCAGUCAGGAUGACUGGUUUAAGGCUGAAAUGCACGGCCACGAGGGCUUCGUACCUAAAAACUAUGUGGAGAGAGCGGUGCCAAGCUGGUUCCAGGAGAACACCGGCCGCACCUCCGCUGAGGAGACGCUGAUAUCUAGAGAGGUCGGAGCGUUUCUGAUCCGCGGCUGCCAGAGUUCACGAGAAGGCUUCUCCAUAUCUGUCAGGCAUGAUUCUGACGUGCAGCAUUUUAAAGUCAUGAAGGACAACAAGGGUCAUUAUUACCUGUGGUCAGAGAAGUUCACCUCCCUGAACAAACUGGUCGACUACUACAAGACCACCUCUAUUUCUAAGCAGCGGGAGAUCUACCUGCGGGACGGGAGCAGAGACGAGCCCAGACCAUCAGUGCCUCAGCCGGUAAAAAGAGGCAGUCUACCUGAAGACAGAUCCCAUGGUGGGGGCUAUGGAGGCCCUCCUCCCUCCUCAGGAGGACCCUACAGAUCUACAGCUCCAGCUCACAGUCAGCAGACUAAGCGAGGCAGUCUGGAAGAGAAGCAAGGCAGGAACAGCCCAGUCACCAACCCUACCGGCCCCAGACGAACUUCAGAUACCAUGCCUGCACCGAGAUCAACCGUACAGGUGAAAGCGAUGUACGACUUCAUAGCAGAGGAAGAAGAUGAGCUGGGCUUUAACGCUGGAGAUAUCAUCGAAGUCAUUGACCGCUCAGAUGCGUCGUGGUGGAAGGGCCGGUUGCAAGGCAGGACUGGGCUCUUCCCUGCCAACUACACGGCCCCAAUCUGACCCCUGACCCCCGACCCCCGGCAGGACCGGUCAGCUCCAUCACACCUGCCUGACCAAACAGAAACUUGAGAAUGAAUGGAUUCUUCUCCAAUAUGAAGACUGAUUCACUUUUACAAAGUUGGACAACUUUAUCUUCAUCUUCACUGGUUAUACAUAUGUGGACAAAAUAACAGAAACAUCUCUUCAUAUGGAUCCAUAUGUUAUUUAAUAUACACUUUGAUCAAGUCAAAGGUACGAUUGGGCCUUUUUUUAUUCUGUAUUUUUUUUUUUUAAACCAUGGCCUGUUAUAUUACCAUUUAUUAUUGAUUUAUGCCACAAUAUUAAGCCUGCAUCACUAUAGGCUGCAUGAGACCUUCAUUCACCUUUAUUCACAUUACAGUAUGAAAAUGUACUCAUUUUUAAUACUUUUUCCAGUUUAUUAAAACAAAGUGAUACUUUUCAAUUUAUAGUCUAUUAAAUAUUACAUAAAAUAUUUUUUGAACUUA